AUGAAGGGACUCAUUCUCAGCGCCGCCCUCGUCGGCGGAGCCAUGGCCCAGGCCGGCCCCUACAUGCCCUGCGGAGGCAAGGGAUGGACCGGAGCAACGACCUGCGUCUCUGGAUACACCUGCGUGAAGCAGAACGACUACUACAGCCAGUGCGUCCAAGGCAGCGCCGGCGCCGGUGCCGUCAGCGCCCAGCAGGUCACCACCCUGAAGACAUCGACGAGACGCAGCUGUAAGUCGAAGACCGCCGGAUCCGCCGCCGCCAGCGUCGUCGUGCCGCAGGCGCCCACCACGAGCGCUGCCGGAAUCUCGACGACAUCUGCCGGUGCCGCCGUCAAGCCGUCAGCCCAGCCCGUUGACACCAAGACAGCUCCUUCGACUUCUUCCAAGGCCGCCAGCAGCCAGGUACCCGUCAAGUCCGUCGCCGCCGAAGCCGUUUCCUCUUCCGCUCCCGUGGUCAAGCCUACCACCACUGCCGCCGCUCCCGUGACGACUUCCAAGGCUGCCGUCACCUCGGCCGCUCCUGCCACGUCCGCCAAGGCCUCUUCAGCCCCCGCCGCGUCGGCUUCCGCCACCCCUGGAAAGACUGGCAAGUUCAAGUGGUUCGGUUCCAAUCAGUCCGGUGCCGAGUUCGGCCAGGGCACGCUUCCUGGUACGGCCGGAAAGGACUACACCUUCCCGGACACCACCAAGGUUGAUACUCUGAUCAGCCAGGGAUACAAUACCUUCCGUCUCAACUUCCUCAUGGAGCGUCUCGCCCCCAACGGCCUGACCGGCAGCUUCGACGCCGACUACCUCGCGGGGUUGACCAAAGCCAUCACCCACAUCACUACCGCCGGCGCCAGCGUCGUCCUCGACCCUCACAACUACGGCCGCUUCAACAACAACAUAAUUACCGAUACCGCCGCCUUCAAGACCUUUUUCACUAACUGGGCUACGCUCUUCAAGUCCAACGAUAAGGUCAUCUUCGACACCAACAACGAGUACAACUCCAUGGACCAGGACCUCGUUCUGAAGCUGAACCAGGCCGCCAUCGACGGUAUCCGUGCGUCCGGCGCUACGAACUACAUCUGGGUCGAGGGCAAUUCCUGGACUGGCGCGCACUCCUGGGUGAGCACCAACGACAACAUGAAGGCCCUCAUCGAUCCUCUCAACAAGAUUGCCUACGAGAUGCACCAGUACCUCGACAGCGACUCCAGCGGCACAUCCGAGACGUGCGUCUCCGCCACCAUCGGCGUAGAGCGCGUCAAGGACGCCACUGAGUGGCUGCGCAGCAACGGCAAGGUCGGCGUCCUCGGCGAGUUCGCCGGCGGUGCCAACGACGUCUGCAAGGAGGCCGUCACCGGUCUCCUCGACUACCUCCAGCAGAACAGCGACGUGUGGAUCGGCGCUACGACAUGGGCUGCUGGACCUAUGUGGGGAUCCUACAUGUACUCCUUUGAGCCCGAGACGGGCGUUGCGUACAACUACUACAACGACUUGUUGAAGACGUACCAGUAG